CCAAAAUCCUCCACCACUGCACCUCGAGGCACCGCUUCAACCAUCCAUCCCCCCUCCUCCUAUUAAUUAGCUCCUCCUGCUACCGCGGAGCAUGCAACUCUUUAGCUAUCGAGGCAUCGGUGUUCAAUUCGUUCUGAUCGAUCGAAAGAAACUAAAGGCACGACAGCGGCAAUGGCUAAUCUCGUGUCACUCGCACUCCUCCUCGCCCUCCUCGGCGCAUUGUGCCGCAGCGCCGACGCCACGGCCUUCGAGGUCGGCGGCGACGACGGGUGGGUCGUGCCGCCCGCUACCGACGGCGGCAUGUACAACCAGUGGGCGUCCAAGAACCGCUUCCUCGUCGGCGACAGCGUCCAUUUCAAGUACAAGGAGGACUCGGUGCUGGUGGUGACGGAGGACGACUACAACAACUGCCGCGCGACGCACCCCAUCUUCUUCUCCAACAACGACGACACGGAGGUGGAGCUGGACCGCCCGGGUCUCUUCUACUUCAUCAGCGGCGUCACCGGCCACUGCGAGCGCGGGCAGCGGAUGACCGUCAGGGUCCUCGGCCAGGGCGCGCCCCCGCCGUCGCCCCUGGCUCCCCCGGCCCCUCCUAGCCCGCCAAGCCCCAACGCCGCCGCGCCGGGCACCAGCGCGCUCGCCGGCGUCGUCGCCGCCGCGGCGAUGGCGCUGCCGGUCAUCAUGCUUACUGUCUGAAUUUUCACAGCUGGCUGCGGAUGGACGGUUUUCGUGCAUCCCUCGUUCGUUCGUGAUUGCUAGUACCGGCUCCCAGGUCGCGUCCCGUUUUUCAUUAUGAUCUUUCCUAGAUGAAAUUAGUACGUUUUGUGAUCGUGUCAUGGUGUGGAGCAUUUUAUUUGGGAAGUGGCUCUGCCUCUCCUCGGGAUCUUUUUGUUCAACUGUAUCAAUUUUUUGAGUACAUACAGUACAUUGAAGAAAUGAACACAAUAUCUCGGUGCACCCUGCAGCCGAUUUGCGUUUCAA